AUGGAGCUCAACAAGUACAUCGACAGCCUCAAGGGUGUCUACAACGUCGUGUAUGCCAGCAAACCUGCUUUGGCCACCUCCGACAAACCCACCCUCCUGGUGGGCGACACGACCUAUGCGGGUACUGCGGCGGCAGCUGCAUCUUUAACUGGGGAGAUCCUUCUCGUUGUUCCCCUCCUCGCAGCUGAAGUUGGUCCCCGCGCCGCCUGUUCAGGCGUACUGGGCCUGCCCUCGCGCAGCGCCCUCGUGGAGAACGGUGUGGCGUACCUUGGCAGCGAUGUCCUGGCCGCGGCCAAGUAUCGUCUUGUUGAGAACGCGCUGUGUGCGACGCAGACCGCCAUUGCGGCUGAAACGUCCGCACUGGCUACGGCUAUGGGCGUCCCUCGCCAGCUGUCCCACCAGGCUCUGUCCGGCGCAGCUGGGUCGUCUUGGUCUUUCCGCGAAUACGCGCCGUGGAUGAUGAAGAUUGCCAACACUCUGCCUCUCGCUCCAACGUUCGCGGAUGCCAAGAACGCCUUGGCCUUCCAGACAUUUGAGCAGGCCACGCGUCUUGCCGACCCGGCGGGGUCCAGUGCGCAGUGUGCACUGCUCUGGGACCGUUCCGAGAACCCAGGUGACCCCAAGCCGACCCCACUCCCGACCCCGAGCAAGUCGGGCAAGGUCGGAUUCAUUGGCCUCGGUGCCAUGGGCUACGGAAUGAACGACUUCAAUGUGGUUGGGUAUGACGCUUGGGAGCCGUCCCUGAAGCGCUACGAGGCGGACGGCGGUGCUGUUGCGCCGACGCCGGCGGGAUGUGCCGAUGGUGCAGACGUUUUGGUUCUCAUGGUCGUCAAUGUGGACCAAGCCAAGGAAGUGCUCUUCGACAAGGGCGCCGCAAAGGCUCUUGGUCCCAACGCUGUCGUCAUCCUGACAAUCACCACAUCGCCGACUGCAGCUGCGGCGCUUGAAACCCAACUCACCCAACUCCGUCCCGACGUCCAUGUCAUCGACGCUCCCGUGUCGGGAGGUACACCUCGUGCCGCCAGUGGCGACUUGACCAUCCUCUGUGCCGGCCUGGAGACCGCAGGACCCAACGCAUCCAAGGCCCUCUCAGUCCUGCAGGCCAUGAGUGGCACCCAAGGCAAACCCGAGAACCUGGUCCUCAUCCCCGGCGGUGCUGGUAAGGGGGCGGCUGUCAAGACCCUCAACCAGAUCCUCGCCGGCACCCACAUCAGCAGCUCGGCCGAAGCAAUGGCCUUUGCAGCUCGUCUGGGUCUCCCACUGAGGGACGUCCGCGAGCUCCUCCUCACUGGCACCGCCCAGAGCUGGAUGAUGUUCCACCGCGGCAAGAGCAUGCUCGACGGCCUUCUCCAGCCUCCCACGUCCAUGGUCAGCAUCUUUGUCAAAGACAUGGGUAUCGUCGUCCACGAAGCAAGGGCGUGUGGCGUGCCCGUUCCGCUGGCGGCGCUCGUCCACCAGCAGUUUGUGCUCGGCAAGGCUCAAGGAUGGGGCUCUGAUGAUGAUUCCAGUAUUGUGCGUUUGUGGGCCGCAAGUGGCAUCAACGUUGUCACAGAGUAG